AUGGCCUUGGCCCUCAACGCCCGCGAUCUGGAUCGCAACUCCCCAGCAUGGCGAUAUCUUGCCCCUCACUUUCUCGCUGGUCCCAUUCCUCCUGCGAUUCAGAAGAAAAUCGGUGUAGACGAGUACCUGCAGCAUCUCUCAGAUAUGUGUACAGCUUAUCCCGAAUGGAAACUUCGAGUUGUGGACCAGGAUGUCCAACAAGGGGGUGUCAAAGAUUAUGCGAGUGUAUUUACGAACGUGGAAAACCAGGGAGUUCCACCUGGAGUCGUCUGGCAGAGCUGUGCAAUCUCCGAGUUCAAGAAUAUCGAUGGUCAAUGGUUGGUCGUUGGGUUUAGAGGAUUCUCUGGAGGCCAUGGACAAGGCACCAUGUUCUGA